AUGUACGAGGCUGGGAUGGACGAAGAAAGUGCCUUCCAUGUCUUCAACGUUGCAGCAGAUCAAUACCAUCGAGCUGAAGCCCUCCAGCGUACAGGUGCCAUAGAUAUCACCUGCAACCUUGAAAAGGUGGUCCACGGGGCCAUGUCUGCCGAUAGCGACUUCUACGCGACCCUGAUAGUGAUGCAAUGGCAAUUCCAACCGAAGGGCUCGCGUCGGAUUUCCGAAGCCACCAUCACGCUUACUUUUGAGGCCGGCUCGGACGAUGGAGAGGUUGAGAUUGAGAAAAUCUCCUUUGCCGAUGUGUACAGUCUGAUGCCGGCAACCCAAGAGGAAUCUGUCACCAAGGGAGGAGAAGCCACCAUCGGGGUUGAGCAAAUUGCAAAUCUCAGUUUGACGGGCAAAUGGGAGAAGACGGUCUCUUCAGCCACUUCAGAUGCUAUUACGCUGAGCGGCGGAAAGCGUCUUGUCGACAACAAGCCCCCCAACCGCAUCGCGACAUGGACACUCUCUGAGAACGAGUCACAGCCAGCUGGGAUUCCUGCCUCACUGAAGGUUGCAUUGCUUGUCUCGAGAAACGAUGAGGAAAAGUUCUUUUGCAAACUGGAUUUUACUUGCAAGACGGAUCUUAAAACCUCCUUCCAGCGCCUUUUCAAAAAGAUUCCCAAGGACGACGCUAUUGUUUUCCAGCCAGACCCUGAAGACAAAGGGACUCAUCCGAACAAGAAUGUUACGUAUGGUGACGAAGAGUUGGGAAGCGUUGAUCCGAACGAUCUUUGCGAUGUUACGUUCAGAACUCUCAUAAAAAAUGGUCAGAAGACAUGGAAGUAG